AUGCGCAGAAAGAGGCCGCUGCUCGUGGUCGCCACUGCAGGCAUUCUGCUCUUCUUGAUUUGGCAUCUUUACGGCUCGUCCUCGGAAUGGGUUCGUGAUGGAUCCUCUUCUGAGUAUGGACUAGGUCACAAGGACGAGGGAGAACCGUUGAAGGAGUUGGAGGAAGGCCUCAGUCACCGUCCUUCGAAGCCCGGGAAAGGCCAUAUCAUCAAUCAAAUUGCCAGCUUUAUUCCGCUCCCCACAGCAAUUCAAGAUCUUCCCAGGAUCCAGUAUGACUUCAAGCCCGAGAGCGGACCGGCCAGAGAGUCUCGGCUGGCUCGUCUUGAAGCUAUCAAAGCGGCAAUGAUGCACUCGUGGAAGGGCUAUCGACAGAGGGCAUGGCUGAAAGACGAGCUGGCCCCUGUGACAGGCGGAUAUAGAAGUACUUUCGGUGACUGGUCUUUGACUCUGGUGGAUACCUUGGACACACUCUGGCUGAUGGGCUUCAAGAACGACUUUGAGGCCGCCGUUCACGCGGUGGCCGGCAUCGAUUUCAACACUGCCACACAACUUCCAAUCAAUGUCUUCGAGACUACAAUCCGUCAUCUUGGAGGUCUGCUCGGAGCGUAUGAUGUGAGCAAUCGUCAAUAUCCUACAUUGCUCGACAAGGCUAUAGAGCUUGGUGAAAUGCUGUACGGCGCAUUCGACACGCCAAACCACAUGCCAGUUACGAAGUGGUCAAAGAUUGGUGUCGAGGGUGCAUCAGGCCAUACUCUCGUCGCUGAGCUUGGGACGUUGAGUCUUGAAUUUACCAGGCUCACGCAGCUGACCGGAGACCCGAAGUAUUACGACGCGGUGCAGCGCAUCUCAGACUGCCUCGGAAGCCAGCAGAACUAUACAAGGGCACCAGGCCUUUUCCCACAUAUUGUCAAUGCGAGGGAAUGCUGGUUUGGGGACGGCGUGACCUUUUCUAUUGGUGGGUCAGCCGACUCGGUUUACGAGUAUUUCCCUAAGGAAUAUCAGCUGCUCGGAGGAGCCAACGAGCAGUACAAGAGGCUCUUUGAAAUCGCCAAAGAUCCAAUGAAGAAGUUCAUCCUCUUCAAACCCAUGACACCAACCAACGAAGACAUUCUCAUGGCAGGUACCUUAAAGUCCUUCAGGCCCGGCCAUACCGAACUCAUCCCACAGACUCAACACCUCGCCUGCUUCGCUGGAGGCAUGUUCGCUUUGGCUGCGAAAUUGUUCAGUUCUCCUGAAGAUCUGGAGACGGCCGACAGAUUGGUUCACGGCUGCAUCUGGGCGUACAAGCAGACCGCGACAGCCAUCAUGCCGGAGAUGUUCCACCUCAUUUCGUGCCCUGCUGACGACCGUCAGUGUAAAUGGGACGACAAAGCCUGGCACAAGCACAUGCUCCUCCUCAACUCCCAUGACGAAACUCCCCAGGACAAACUGCUGCCUGAGGGCGAACGCUUCCGCAAAAAGUCCCAGCGGCUGCGCUUGCCCAAGGGCAUCGCGGCCAUCGCCAACCGUGCAUACGAACUGCGCCCCGAGGCGGUCGAGUCGAUCUUCGUCCUCUAUCGCGUCACGGGCGACGAGUCCUUGCGCGAAAGCGCGUGGGAAAUGUUCGAGGCCAUCACCAAGUACACGCGCACCGAGUUUGGCUAUUCUUGCAUUGAGGACGUGACGCUGUCCGAUCCGCGCAAGACGGACAAGAUGGAAAGCUUCUGGACGGCUGAGACGCUGAAGUACUUUUGGCUGUUGUUCGAAGACCCCAACGUCGUGAGUCUCGACGACUUCGUCUUGAACACGGAGGCGCAUCCAUUUCGAUUGCCCAAGAAGCGAUGA